AUGAGCGAUCCCUUGAAGCUUGUUCAACCUUGGUUCCUCCACUGGCAGAUGUGGCCCUUCUCACCAGUUUACGAGCAAGUUUCCAGGCGGAAGCAGGCUGCCCGGGCCGAAGCCCUCGCCGCGGUCAGGGGUGAAGCCUUCGCUGACGCUACGGAGCAAUACAUACGUGCAACCGCAUCCGAGAUUGUCCAGCGCAUCUCUCAGGGCGAAUGGACGGCGUCUCAGGUCCUCGAAGCCUACCUCGCUCGAGCGGUCUUAGCUCAAGGCUUGACAAACUGCCUGACAGAGGUCUUCUUCUCGCAGGCUCGCGCAGAAGCGACGGCGCUAGACGAAGAGUUCACAUUAACGGGCAAGAUACGGGGCCCUCUGCACGGGGUUCCCGUGAGCUUCAAGGAUAUCUUCGACGUCAAAGGCUACGAUACCACCAUGGGCUACUCGUCCUAUGCCGACAAGCCCGCGUCUGAGGACGCGCAUGAUUCCUGCGUCAAUGUGCGGUAUCUAUUCCCUCAAACCCGGCUGGAGUCGCAUCAGUAUGACCGGGACACAGGCUCCGUGGAAGAUCUUGAGCUCGCUGCGCGCCUGGUCUUCGGGAUACAAGGUGCGGAGUUCGACCCUGCCCCGCUGUCGUACCGGGACGUCCGGCUUCCUGCAAAGUUGCGUCUCGGGUAUUACUUGUCCGAUGGCUACGUGAAGGCUUCACCCGCUUGCCAACGUGCCGUGCUCAAGGCAGUGGAGGCGCUCCGCAAGGCUGGGCAUGAAUGCGUCGAAUUCGAGUUUCCACAAGCGGCAGAAGCAAUGGAGAUAUACAUGUCUAUCACAACCGCCGACGGUCUCAGGACGAUGCAGGAACCCCUCAACGGUGAUCCGAUGGAACCGGGGAUAUCCACAACGAUAUUGAGCGCUUCGCUGCCAAAAAUUGCGCGCAUGAUCAUUGCAUGGGUUGCAAAAUGUAUCUUAGGCGACAUCGUGUUUGUCAGGACCACGCGCGGGACGGGUUACACAACCGUGCAAGAGUACCACAAGUCGGUGGUUCGACGGAAUGCGUAUGCGCGUAUGUUCGAGAAGCAGGUGUGGGAGAAGCAUAACUUAGACGGCAUCAUUGCUCCUGUGAUCGCAUUGCCUGCAGUGCCCCACGGGGCAUGCAAGUAUGUCUCCCCCAUCGCCGCCGGGGUUUGCCAUUACAACGUCUUGAACCUCCCCGUUGGUGUGGUCCCCGUCACGCGCGUCCGCACGACCGACAUUGCGACCGCCGAAUGGACGAACCCCAAGGUCGGCCCUGGGCACGGCUCGCCCCUUCUCGAGCGGCUGCUGUACGGCACGCUCGAUAGGGCCGUCGGGCACGGCACCGGUGGGCUAUACAACGCCGAGAAGAUGGCAGGCAUGCCGGUCGGCGUGCAGGUGGUAGGGCGAAGGUGGGAGGACGAGAAAGUCAUUGAAAUGAUGAAGGUGCUGGAUCAUGCCCUAGGCCCGAGGGGUUUCGGACCUCUCAACUGGGUGGAGCAGAAAGAGUGA